AUGACAGCAUCUAGUGAAUGGAGUUCUAAUAAUCCAGCAAGUACGGCCAGAUUACAUCUCUCAAGAGUUCGUCUUUUAUGCUGGUCGGCAGAAGAAGAUAAACUCGGCGAGUGGAUACAGGUUGAUCUUUUAACUACAUAUCUCGUCGUCGGAGUAGCAACCCAGGGUCGGGAUGAUAAGAGCCAGUGGGUCACUAGCUUCGAGAUUUCCUGCAGUCUCGAUGGAGUAUCCUUUGAUACAGUUCCAGACCUCGAUACUACAUGUAAUAUAAAGGUGUUCACAGGUAAUAGCGACCGCAGGACAGUGGUAAACAACACCUUACCUGCUCCGCAGGGGUGUCGCUAUGUACGUAUUCUACCUCAGACGUGGCACCGGCAUAUCAGCCUCCGAAUGGAAAUAUAUGGUUUAGUUCCUGUUGGCUUUCAACGAUCCACCAUUUUAAGACUUAUUUCAUAUGACCAGGCUCUCACUUAUACGCAUACAUCCUAUCAAUCCGUGACGUCAGUCAUUGGAUGCGGUCGACUUUGUCUUCAUCACAAAUCUUGCAACUGUUUUACAUACAUCCUACGCAAGAGGGCGUGUUUACUUGGACAACAAUCUACCACUCGGACACACCACGGGGCGGCUACUUACAUCUGCUAG